AUGGCAAGUGAAGAACAUAAAAAAUUAGCAGCAUUAAUUAAAGAAACACAUAAUCGCUUAAGAGAAGAUUAUCGCAAGUACGGAUCAAAUGAAGCUUGGAAACGUCAUCUUGCAAGAACUGAUGAUUUACAGAACUACGCGGUAUCGAUGCAACAACUAGCAACGAAUCAUUGGAGUAUCAACAAUAACAUCAAACAAGUGACAGAUAAAAGCAAUUGUCGAAUUCGAUGGAUUAAAAAUAGAUGUUACGAAUAUUUCUUUGGUGGAGGUAAAAGUAAAUAUUAUGAACGUGAAAGAGAUAUUAUAAAAAAAUUAAAUCUCGAUGACCUGAAUGAUUUACCUGAAGAAUCAUUGAGUAAAGAUAAUAAAGUAGUAAAUGAAAGGAAAAUAAAAAUGUUAGAUGUAGGCAGCUGCUAUAAUCCUUUUGCUGAUGAUGAAAACCUAGAUGUUACUGCUAUUGAUCUAGUUCCAGCAAGUGAUCAAGUGUUUCAAUGUGAUUUUUUAAAUGUCAAUCUGGGAGAUGAGACACUCUUAAGUAAAGAUAAUAAAAGUGUGAUAGAGUUUGAAAAGAAAUCUUUUGACGUGUGCAUAUUUUCUCUGCUGCUGGAAUAUUUUCCUUGUCCAGAGCAAAGGUUUAGAUGCUGCGAGAAGGCUUAUGAGCUGCUAAAGGACUCGGGACUACUGAUAAUAAUAACUCCAGACUCUAAACACGUCAAUGCGAACGCUAAAAUAAUGAAAUCCUGGCGAUAUGUACUUGCUAACUUGGGAUUUAUGAGGAUAACUUAUGAAAAAUUGCAACAUAUUCAUUGUAUUUGUUAUAGAAGGUGUGUAAAAAAAGACACUGCUGUCAGGUGGGUAACUCUGCAGAAAAAUCUAUCAGUUGAUGAUGUUUUGUUCAAUUCAAACGGGAAAAUUUUUAUACCACAAGAUUUCCAAACAGUUUGUGUGGAAGACAAAGACAAAGCGUCGAAUGUAAAGGUUGCAAAAGAAGACUUAGCAGAUGUUUUUAAUGAAUUACCAGAUGUAAUUGACAAAUGA